AUGUCCCUCGAUGACGAUCCGACCGAGUUCGAGGGCAUCCUGCCCGUGAUCCCCGACGACUCACCACCCGUCUUCAAAGACUCGAGAAGCAAUGCUGCCACGGGCGCGUCUGCGGCCGGCGUACGUGCCUUUACCGCGCAGGUGGUAGCCUUCUACUUCCGCGCACCUGUCAAAGCCUUCUUCAGGACCCGAGUGGACUACUUGGCGUAUGCUAGAUCCAUCAGCCCUGAUGUACAGAGCGGGCGGUUCUCGUGGAGGAGCACGACACCAGGAAUCCUGGCUCACGCCAUCAAACAAUACGGAUGGCGAUUCGUUCCAGAGCAGCUCCUGCUGCCGCUGACCGCCAACGUCGUCGUCGGAGCAGCCUUGUAUACCUCGUAUCUCCAGAUCCUGGGCCGGCUGCACGAACCUUCAGCACAGUCCAGGAAGACGGUGUAUCCUCCUCCGCCACCCGCGGCGACCUUCGCUGCUGGAUUCGCCGCGGGAACUGUCCAAAGUGUCCUCGCGGCGCCAUGGGACGCCCUUCAAGUCAGGUUUGAGCAAAGAGGAGACAAAUACCAACAUACCACCAUGUGGCAGUAUUGCCGAAGCAAACUGCACGAGAUCGGCCUUCGAGGCGUGUUCGCCGGAUGGGGCAUUUCAUUCUUGAAGGACAGUUUCGGGUCCGGCAUCUUCUUCUCGACGUUCGAAUACGUCAAGGCCCAGGGCUACUAUUCGUUCGUGCGAUGGUAUUAUGGUGCUCUGGGAGGUGCGGCCGUCGACACGCUCGCGCAGAAGAGAGGCAGCGUCGCGACCGAAAGCCAGCCGACGGCCGUCAUCAGACCCCACUAUGCCAUCGAGCCGGCCUUUCUCAUGCUCGCCGGCAUGACGGCCUCAGUGGCCCAGCAGGUCGUGCUGUAUCCGUUAUCAACGUUCCAGACGCUGCACUACGAACGGCUCGAGGAUCUGGACAAAAAGGCCAUUGAGCUCGAUCGCGUCACCUCGACCCACAAGGGACGCAUGCUUCGCGCUUAUUAUCGUGCCUACCAGGAAACGUGGCGCCAGGCUCAAGCACAAGCCGCACCGGUUGGUGGGAUCAGGAGCUGGCUUUUCAGAGGGUUCUGGUGGUUCACCAUUCGCCAGGUCCCCAGUACUAGUGCUGGGUUGGUCAUUUUCGAGUUGGUUCGUAGGAAAUACGGCCUGUCGAGCGACGAGAUCAGGAUCACUAAGGAUGGGUACGAUAUCCUAUUGACUUAG